AUGACAAGCUACUACGCGGUACUGGGCGUGGCGCAAGAUGCAGCGGCUGCGGACAUUCGGACGGCAUACAAGGCCAAGGCCAAGACGCUCCAUCCUGACAAGGGCGGGAGCCAUGAGGCAUUUACUCUGCUGCAAGAAGCCUUUUCUGUUCUCUCGGAUGAGCAGCUUCGCAGUCAGUAUGACGCCCAGCAGCGAAUGAUCUACGCCAUGGCGCGCCGCGCUGCUGCUGAUCGCGAGGCUGCGCUCCGCCGGGCGCGGCUUGACGCCGAGAUGGCUGCCAAGAAGGCUGCUCUCGAGCGCGAGCUUGCCGCUGCUCGCAAGGCGCAGGCUGCCUUCUCGCCGCCGACCAUGCGGUUUGAUCCUCGGAAGCAGGGCGACCGAUCCCACCCGGCUCCAUCCACCUCGCCCAAGCCAGCCGAGUCGGAGACUUUGGAUGAGAUGCUAGCCCGCCUGGGCGCCGAGCGCGAGGCACUGCUGGAGACACUGAAGUCUUCGCGAUUCGCCACCGCGCCUGCACCCGCGCCUGCCGCCCCUACACCUACUGCUGCACCCACGCCCGCGCCAGCACCGGCGCCGACGCCUUCAAUGCCUACGCCUACACCGACACCACCCAAAUCUAGUGUGUGCGGACGUCAUGAAGAGAUCCUACGCCGCGGACACUUUGUCGCCAACCAAGAAGCCGCCUCGGUCCGAGCCCGCUAUGCCUCGCAGAUGCAGGAGAAGCAAAAGGCCAUGGCCGAGCGGAUGGAGGCGCUUCUUCCCUCGAGCUGCUGCGGCAGCACAAGCCCGGGCGAGAGCUCACGCAUGGGUGAGUCUGCGCCCCGCGGCGAGGUGUCCGAGGCCGCCACGCGAGCGCUGUGCGAGUGGUCGACCAAAGACGCGGUCCGCGUGGUCGACCUCCGCAGUCGAGCUGCGUACGAGACUGGGCACCUGUCCAUUGCAGCAUGCGUCCCAUGGAACGAGUACGAUGUGCUAGCGCAUGUUUUGCCUCCGCGAGACACGGUCAUCGGCGUCAUCCUUCCGCCGGACGGCUCGCCGGAGGAUGUGGUGAUCGGCGCCGGCGCCAUUGUCGAUCGUCUCGCGCCAUGGUAUCCGCUAGUGGUGGUAGCGACGUUGGAUGCGGUGGUGGCGGCGAUGGGCAUCGGUGCCCGCAUGGUUACCGGCGUCCAGGGCUCGGCCCGGAUGUGGGAGCCGUGCCCUGUCCUCGCCAAGCACUAUCCGGCGAUGGUAGCUGCGCUGGCUGCCAGCCGCGAUGGGACGCGGACGAGCGUGGCGCUGGACGUAGCGUGCGGCGCCGGGCGCGAUGUCGUCUUUAUGGCACUGGACGAUGGAAUCGAUGUCAGCAUCGGCGUCGACCACCAGGAGCGUCACAUGGCCAACGUGGCGGUCCUCGCUGACCAGCACGGCGUCGCCCAUAAGACCACUGCCACGCUGGUCGAGUUAGAGGAAGUUCCGAUCGCCGAGGCCAGCGCCGAGCUCGAGCGCGUGGUCGCCGAAAUUGGCGGCAGCAACGCAUCGUUGGACAUUGUCGUCAUGGCGCGAUACCUGUAUCGCCCGCUGUGGGCCUGGGUCGCUGACGCAGUAGCGCCCGGCGGCUUUGUCAUCGUCCACACCUUUACAUGGGCCUGCAAAGCGUGGGGCAAGCCGAAGCGGGAGAAGUUUCUCCUCCGCGAUGGCGAGCUUGCUGCUGCUUUUGCUGGCUGGGAGAUCUGGGACGACUCGGCGGUCGCCAUCUCGGACGGUCGCCCGCUCUCGUCUUUUGUCGCCCGCAAGCCGUCGUCGUCGCCGUCGUAGGCGGCCAUGUCCGAAUCGCGAUCGACACAAGCCCGAAUCCGUAUGGCAAUGACUGACGCCAUCCACACUAUCCCUCGCACAAUC